UACUCUUCCCUUUCGUGUCAUCUCUCGAUGUCUGGCUUUACCCUUCCCGCACGGUUGUUGUUUCUCGCCUGUCCCUCACGCGCUCUGCAUCGUCUUCACCACGCGAAGCUUCUGCUACGCUGCAAAAUGUCUUCUUCUUCUUCUUCUUCUUCCUCUCUCACUCACUCCAUCACGCUUCGGAAGCAACCCACCGAUCCUGUGAAUGUCGCUGCAGCCGCGGGUGUCUCUUCCUCUGAUUUCAGAAACGCGAUAGAUUCGUCCUUGUUCAAGAAUUGGCUAAGAAACUUGGAAUCAGAGAAUGGAAUUUUAGCUGACGGGACAAUGACACUGAAGCAAGUUAUCAUUCAGGGAGUUGAUAUGUUUGGCACACGAAUUGGCUUUCUUAAAUUUAAAGCCGAUAUUUUGGACAAAGAAUCUGGUCACAAGGUUCCAGGUAUUGUAUUUGCAAGAGGACCAGCUGUAGCUGUCCUCAUUCUCUUGGAGUCUGAUGAUGGUGAGACUUACGCUGUUCUCACCGAGCAGGUUAGGGUUCCUACAGGGAAGGUUGUGCUGGAAUUACCUGCUGGGAUGUUGGAUGAUGAUGAAGGUGAUUUUGUUGGUACUGCUGUUCGUGAGGUCGAAGAGGAGAUUGGUAUAAAAUUGAAGAAAGAAGACAUGGUUGAUCUCACUGCUUUCCUUGACCCAUCUACAGGCCACCGGAUCUUCCCUUCUCCUGGUGGCUGUGAUGAAGAGAUGAGUGUGUUUCUCUACAGACUUCGAGUGGAACAAGAGACAAUCAGACAGCUACAAGGUAAAGAGACAGGACUCCGCGAACAUGGCGAGUUUAUCAAAGUCCGACUAGUCCCGUACAGAGAGCUCUGGCGCAAAACAGCUGAUGCUAAGGUCCUUGUGAGCAUUGGUCUCUACGAAAUGGCUCUGAGAGAAGGUCUCGUCCCCAGGCACUGAAACUAAACUGUGGUCUGUGGAUCUCGUCUUAGAUAUGUGGCAACUAGAUUGACUCAACUGGAUGAGGGUUGAGAUUAGAUGCUUGUAUGUUGGAAACAGAGUUUUCGUUUCGUAACGUUAUAUGAGAGAAGGUUAUAACUUUGUA